UGUCUCCAGCUUUUCUCCUCUCCUCAAAUUCUUUAGUUUUCUUUUCCUUGAAAGAAGUUUGGAGGUUAAGAAUUCUGUAAUUCAAUUGGGUGGUGUUAGUUUUCUUUAAAUUUUGAGGCUUGGGGCUCCAUCUGUGGUUUGGAUCAAUCUAGGUGGAUCGUUUUUUCUCUAACAGAGUCAUUUUGGUUUUGUUGAUUUUUCUGCAAAACCAAGGUUUCGCUUGAUCGGUGCCGAGAGGGCGGUUCACUUGUUUAGCAGAGUUAUAAUUAUAGUACAUACAAGGAGCGGAGCGUGGAAGAUUCAAAAACUCAAGGAAUAUGCUCCCAGCCUUUAUGUCACUAAAAAAGCGCUUGGUACGUGACAUGGUUCUGCUGUGAAUGGGAAACAUGGAUGCUUCUGAAGUUGAGGAAAGUGUCUUUGCAAUCACUGAUGCUAAGUUACAUGGAGGGAUGUGUAGAAAACUGUCUUCCAUAGUAUGUAAAGUGAUGGCAAUAUUUCCGGUAAUAGAAGAGGCAAGGCCUAGAUGCAAAUCAGGGAUUCAGGCAUUAUGCUCUCUGCAUGUAGCACUUGAAAAGUCUAAGAGCCUACUUCAACAUUGUGCUGAUUGCAGCAAGCUUUACUUGGCCAUUACAGGAGAUUCUGUUUUGUUAAAGUUUGAGAAGACUAGGCAUGCUCUUGAGGAAAGUCUCAAACGUGUUGAAGACAUUGUUCCUCAUGUCACCAGUUGUCAGAUUAUGUCAAUUGUCAAUGAGCUUCAGGCAACAGUUUUUGCUCUUGAUCCAUUAGAAAAGCAGGUUGGUGAUGAUGUCAUUUUGCUGCUCCAUCAGGAUAGAAAUUGUGGCAGCAGUUUUAAUGAAAUGUCUGAAAUUGAAGCCUUUCAUCAAGCAGCAAUAAAGUUGGGUAUCACUUCCUUGGCAUCAGCUCUUGCUGAAAGGAGAGCUCUCAAAAAGCUGGUUGAAAGAGCUCGCUAUGAGAAUGACAAAAGGAAGGAAUCUAUUGUUUCUUAUUUAUUGCAUCUCAUGAGGAAAUAUUCCAAGCUUUUUAGAAGUGAAUGUCCUGAUGAUGUUGACUCUAUGGGAUCAACUCCCUGCUCCCCGACUAUUCAAGGCUCCAUUGAAGAAGGUGCUGGUUCUGCGCAAGCUGUUGAUGGCCAACUACGGAAAUUUGAAUCACUCAAUAUUAAGCCAAAUGGCAGGAGAUCAGGGAACAUACCUGUAAGCCCAGAGGAAUUUAGGUGUCCGAUUUCACUGCAAUUGAUGUAUGACCCUGUUAUAAUUGCAUCUGGACAAACAUAUGAAAGGGUUUGUAUAGAGAACUGGUUCAGCAAUGGACAUGACACCUGUCCAAAAACUCAGCAAAAACUGUCUCACCUUUCUCUGACUCCAAAUUACUGCGUCAAAGGCCUGAUUGCUAGCUGGUGUGAGCAGAAUGGAGUAAGACUCCCUGACCAACCGCCUGAUUCCCUUGAUUUGGAUUACUGGAGAUGGAAUUUGUCACAAUGUGAGAACAUCAACCCAGGGUCAACAGAGGACAAUGAAUCUAGUCAUGUAAAAGGAGCCAAAGUUGUACCUUUGGAGGAUAAUGGUGAUCUUGAUGGGCUGGAAAAGCAUGAAGAGAUGGGAACUCAGGAUAUUUGUCUUGAGAAUAUUAAGAUAAGUCUGGCUGAAGGCUACCAAAGGCUGCUGGAUUUGCUGAAUAGUGAAGAGGAUAUCGAAACAAAAUGCAAAGCAGCAGAAGAGAUACGAUUUUUGCUGAAGGACAAUGAAGAGGCAAGGAUUUGUAUGGGGGAGACUGGUUUUGCUGACGCCCUUGUGAGGUUCUUGAGAACUGGAGUACAACAGAGAAAUGAGAAGGCCCAGGAGACUGGAACAAUGGCUCUUUUCAAUCUUGCUGUUGGCAAUGACAAAAACAAGGAGUUGGUGAUAGGUGCAGGAGUGCUUCCUUUGUUGGAAGAAAUCCAGCAAACAAGCUCUUAUGAAGCAGGCACUGCCCUUUACCUCAAUCUAUCUUGUUUGCAUGAAGCCAAAGCAACUAUUGGCUCUUCUGGUGCCAUUCCCUUCUUGGUGGGUUGUCUCCGCUUGCCAAAAACACAGUGUAGAUUUGAUGCUCUCCAAGCUGUCUAUAAUCUUUCUACGCUGGAGAGUAAUAUCCCCCGCUUGCUUGCUGCUGGAGUAGUUGCAAAUCUUGCCCACAUCCUCAGUGGCUCUGGAAACACUUGGCCAGAUAAAGUUAUUGCUGUCCUCUGCAAUUUAGCAUCCACUAAGCAGGGUAGAACAGAAAUAAUUAUGUUUCCAGGGCUCCUGGGUUCACUUGCAUUGGUUCUUGACUCUGGUACUCAAGUCGAGCAAGAACAGGCGGUUUCAUGUCUUUUAAGUUUGUGUGUUGGAGAUGAGCAGUGCAGCCAACUGGUCUUGCAAGAAGGGGUGGUACCAUCUCUAGUUUCCCUGUCCAUAAAUGGCACAUCAAGAGGAAAGGACAAGGCACAGAAGCUACUGGUGCAUUUUCGAGGGCUGCGAGAACGUGACCCAGUGAAUAGCAGCUCCCAACCAUUGUUAACUACAAAUGGAAGCACCAGGGAAGAGCCAGUUGAAAGGGAGGUAAAGUCAGUGGUAAAGUUUAAGUCAAAGUCAAACCGACUGGGCAGGGUUCUAAGUUCCAUGUGGAAGGUUAAAUCACUCUCAAUACGUCGGUUUUGAGGGUGGAAACCUGUAAAAUAAGUGAUUGUCUAGCUUUUUCUUCACUUAAUUUUUUUUCAGAAGCCCGGUUAAAUGCUAUAGCCCUUCCUCUUCUACCCGUUUGUCAGACGGAUCGGAAGCUGCCUCAAAAGAUGUGUAUAGAAGCCCUGUAUAUCUGUCUCCCUCCCACCCUCCCCCACUUUUUGACUUUCUGGAUGAAAAAUCCUCAAUGCCUUUGCGUUUUCCGGGCACUUGUGGUGCUCUGUGAUGUGAGUCUGAAGGCAUUUCUUCCUCUGUAAAGUUUCUGUUUUUGUGUUAUAUGAGUGUGUAAGAGAGAAAGAGAGAGAUAGAUCUA